AUGGCAGCUAAGACGAAUGGCUCUCAGGUUCAUGACUUGCUACCACGGCAUCUGCCGCCCUACGAGCCUGGGAAGGCGUACACACUGAAGUCCUUCGAGGGCGAGAUCCUCUACAUUCCUUGCUCCAAUUCGGCUAUGAGAUUGCUGGUCACAGGAAAGGAGACAGAGGGGGCCUUUGCCAUCGUGGGCACUGGCGGAGGCCAAUCCGCUCCUAUCGGCUUUCACUACCACAGGGAGGCACAUGAUAUAUUCCUCUGCCUGAAAGGAGCCUGCAAUGUGUGGGCUGGGGACAAAUGUCGCACGAUGAGUCCUGGCGAUUUAGCUAGCGUACCACCGGGCGUUGUUCACCAAUAUCAGAUACUCGGUGAUCAUACCGAGUUUAUUGGCUUGAUAGUGCCGGGUUCGUGGAUAGAUUUCUUCAGGGCAAUUGCAGAGCCUUACGCGGGUCCCAUGUGGCCAUUGGUGGAUGCACGCAAUCCUUUCGAGGUCCUAAUCCCAAAACUCAAACUUGCUGCGGAAAGGUUCGACAUGGUGCCACAACCGCACCAUCCGUCCUGUGAGCCACAGCCGUGGGAUGGGACCGAAAAUGUACUUCCAGGCAAGCUUGAUGCAUAUUAUCUCCAGGCAAAUAAAGGUCCGAAGUACCUAGUCGAGGGGCUGGUUGUAAAGCCCAUGGCCACGACCAAGGAAUCAGCAGGCAGAUUUGCCAUUGGGAGUCUCGAAGGGUCCAGUUACCACACAAAUUCCGUGUUGAAUUCGACGAUGCGAUUCACUGACGUACAUCAUGCUUUACAUGUGGUGGACGGAGAAUUACAAAUCACUAUUGACGGGUCGACGACGACACUAAAACCAUUCGAAACAGUCUAUAUACCGAAGGGUUCUGACUUCAGAUUGCGGAUUGCAAGCAGAUACGCUAAAGCAUAUACAUUUGCUAGUGGUGGAGGGCUGCUAGAGAUGCUCUGCGAGCUCGGCGACACUUAUGAGCAUAGCAUGCUGCCCGAGCAGCAGGGGCAGAGUAAGGGUGACAGUGAGCGUCUGUCAUCAAUCGCUUCGACAUAUGGGUGUCACAUUACCAGAUGA